AUGGUUUCAACUUCGUUUGGUUUAAACAUAGGUAAUAAGGACCACUCUGCUGAAGAAGAUAGUGAUUCUGAAGAAAAAGAGGAUGAAGUCGUGUUUAACCCUAUCAGUUUAUCAGACUCUGAGUCAACUAACAGUUCUAAUUUUACACAGGAAAGAUAUUUGUCGCAACAUAAGAUGUGCCUAACAUAUCAUAAAUCUUAUUGCAACUACCGAUUACAAAAAAACACUCAAAUAUUUUUCAAAUGUUCGAAGUUGUGGAAUAAAUGCGUACGGCCGAAAUCGGCUGAAAUAAUACAAGAAGAACUUCGACAUAAGUUAAAAGUUCCAGGAGUUACCAAAUGGACCUCCACUUAUGACACUGUUGUCCAAAUGGUUUCCGUCAAAGAUAAGUUAGGAGUUUUAUGUGAUAAAAUUGUGAUCCCGGUAUUUAAGGAACAUGAAAUAUCCUUUUUAGAGGAAUAUAUCAAAUUAAUGCAGCCUCUGGCUGAAACAUUAGAUUUUUACAGGGAGAGCAUAACACCUAUUAUGGGUAUUUGCUUCCCUGCUUAG